AUGUGCGCUAUGCUUUCACAAACCGAAGUGUUGCUUUCGUCUCCAUUUAUGGUUGUUUCGGGAAAUGGAUGUGAGGUGAAGAAGAAGUCAAGUGAGUUUGGGGGGCUUCAGACGGGGCCUACUUGGGCUUGAGUUGUAUAGGCUUGGUGGUUAGGUAGAUGACCUAACUAGGAUUCGGGAUUAUCAUUAGCUAGAGGUUUGGGGAACCUUGAGUAUCCGGUUAAGCUAGCUUCUCAGUAGGAUCUAUGAUAGGUCUAGAAGCCUUGGUUUUUCGGGAUUCAGAGAAUCCUAUAAAGAAGCUAGAGGUUAAAAUCACUUAGCCUCUAGGUAUUGGUAUUAGCCUAAGUCUCCCUAGGUUCUUAAUACCUAGAGGUCCUUAUGACCUCUAGUCUAAAGGUACCAAGACCAUCCUUAGAGUAUCUUGACUUCGGAAAACCCAAAAACCUUGAUUCCUUUUUCAGUGAAACGUCUAACAUGUCGUAAAUGCGAAGGCCAUGGUCUCAUGUCAAUUCUCAAAGGCCACGCCUCUUCCUGUCCCUUCAACGACUGCAAAUGUGGAACCUGCACUUCAGUUAUGUCAAUGCGUGCCAACGCGCUGAUCCGUCGAUUCCGCCAUCGUCAACCCGAUCAAAAUCUGGCUGUUUUGAAGACAAUCCGCUCAAAGAAUGGCAACAUGCGUUUGCGAAUCGUGCCAAAAGGUCAAGGACCACAAGAAGAGCGCGGAGGGACCACUGUGAAUUACACCACCGAUGAUUCAAGCUCAUAUAGUUCACGCCGUGGCUCGGCUUGCUCAACAAUCUCAAGCAGCACAACAACAAAUCAAUCGAGUCCAUCAACAAGUCCGCCAGCACCCAGUGUUGACUUCGAGCAACUCAUGGCCACCACAAAUCUCUUCCAACAACUUCUAGCCGCCUACACCAAUAACUUCGCCUCACCACAAUCCGCGUUCACACCAAUCAUUCCACCUCAACUAUUUCUGUCGUCAAUGCCCAGAUUGCUCUAA